AUGGCUGAGCCUCGGGAUGGGCCCACGUUCAGGCCCGGGGCCCGGGCACCCAGGUUGGAAGGUCUGUGGGUGGGCACCUGGGGCCUCGGACAGCUCUCUGGGAGGGCAGAGUGCGGGGCUGGCCCAGGCGGGUGGUGGUCAGGGAGGGCUUCCUGGAGGUGGCCCUGCACAGAGUGUGCCGGUGACGGCGGCCGUGGCGACUGUCCUCCAGCCCUGUCCUCCUCCUUCGCCUCCCAGAACCUCAACCAGAACCCACGGACGCUGCUGCCCAAGUUUUACGGGCUGUACUGCGUGCAGUCGGGCGGCAAGAACAUCCGCGUGGUGGUCAUGAACAACAUCCUGCCGCGCGUUGUCAAGAUGCACCUCAAGUUCGACCUCAAGGGCUCCACGUACAAGCGGCGAGCCAGCAAGAAGGAGAAGGAGAAGAGCAUUCCCACCUACAAGGAUCUGGACUUCAUCCAGGACAUGCCCGAGGGGCUCCUGCUGGACGCAGACACCUUCUCCGCCCUUGUCAAGACGCUGCAGCGGGACUGCCUGGUGCUGGAGAGCUUCAAGAUCAUGGACUACAGCCUGCUCCUGGGCGUGCACAACAUCGACCAGCAGGAGCGGGAGCGGCAGGCCGAGGGCGCCCAGAGCACCGCGGACGAGAAGCGGCCGCUGGGGCAGAAGGCCCUCUACUCCACGGCCAUGGAGUCCAUCCAGGGCGGGGCCGCGCGCGGGGAGGCCAUCGAGUCAGAUGACACGAUGGGCGGGAUUCCCGCCGUGAACGGCCGAGGGGAGCGCCUUUUGCUGCAUAUUGGCAUCAUUGACAUUCUGCAGUCGUACAGGUUCAUCAAGAAGCUGGAACACACCUGGAAGGCUCUUGUCCACGACGGGGACACCGUCUCUGUCCACCGGCCCAGCUUCUACGCAGAGCGCUUCUUCAAGUUCAUGAGCAACACGGUUUUCCGGAAGAACUCCUCCCUGAAGUCCUCCCCGUCCAAGAAGGGCCGUGGUGCGUCAUUGGCUGUCAAGCCCCUGGGGCCCACGGCCGCCUUCUCGGCCAGCCAGAUCCCCAGCGAGCGGGAAGAUGCCCAGUAUGACCUUCGGGGGGCCCGCAGCUACCCCACGCUGGAGGACGAAGGCCGGCCCGACCUCCUGCCCUGCACGCCGCCAUCCUUUGAGGAGGCCACCACCGCCUCCAUCGCCACAACCCUGUCUUCCACGUCCCUCUCCAUCCCAGAGCGAUCUCCCUCGGAGACCUCCGAGCAGCCACGGUACCGGCGGCGCACACAGUCUUCCGGACAGGAUGGCCGGUCCCAAGAGGAGACACACGUGGAGGAGGACCUGCAGCAGGUCACGGUGCAGGUGGAGUCCGCGUGCAGCGUGGAGAUCGUGGUCCCCAAGGAGGAAGACGCGGGGGUGGAGCCUUCCCCAGCCUGCGCCUCUGCUGCUGCCGAAGCAGAAACGGCCAGCCAGGCCUCGGAGCCCGCCAGCCAGGCCUCGGAUGAGGAGGACACGCCCGCCACUGACAUCUACUUUUUCACCGAUGGGAGGUACUGGAUUUACUCUCCCCGGCAUCGCCGACUGCGGGCCGUGACGCUGAGCUCCUCAGGGACUCCCGCCGACGAGAGGAGCUGGGUGUACUCCCCGCUGCACUAUAGCGCGCAGGUCCACCCAGCCUCCGACGGCGAGAGCGACACAUAAUUUCUAUGCAGUCACCGACCCAGAGCCGAGCGCUCGCUGCCGCCCUGGCUGCUUCCGGGAGGCGCCGCCCGCCCGCCCGCCCGCCGGACCUCGCUCCACGACGGCCGCGGCCCCCAGCUCCCGUCUACUACCUACGCCUGUGAGACUGUGAACCUCCCCGAGUGUCCGAUCAUGUAUUUAUUUUGGGUCCUUACUCUUUGCACAAAGACGGCAGCACACGUGUGCUUUUUUAGAAAAAGAUAAAAAAGGAAAAAAAAAAAAAAAAAAAAAAAAGGACGUGACGGGAAAAGAAGAGAAAGCACCCCACCGCACCUUGUGGUUCUUCGCUGUGCUUGAAUGUGUCUCGCCGAGGGAACGAGGCCAGUUGGCUUCGGGGACCUGGCGCCCUCUGAGGGGGGCCGGUCACCCAGGCUGAAACCCACACUCCGAGGCUCCGCCUCUCCGCUUGGACGGGGCGCCGAGGAGGGAAGGACCACGGAGGCCCCGCCGGUGCCUGGGACCACGGGCCCCCCUGGCUAGGUGUUGCGGCCAGGCACGUGACGUCCGCCCUUGGGGGUGGCCGACCGGUGGUCUGGGGGGCGGGGGCUCUCCACCCCGCUGAUGCCUGUAAUCUCUGCAUCUGUUUCCCACCACCUGCCUGCCAGCCGACCUGUGAGUAGGAAUGGCCGGCGGCCGCCCCUCUCGCCAGAGCUCAGGACGGUGGGCUUCCCUGUGGUCCCCACGCGGCCUGCUCACUGUCCAGAAGAGGGGCCCAAGCGAAGGGAGACGUUGGGCCCCAGGCCGUGGGACUUCCGGAGAUCACGUCCUGGCACAGGGGUCCCCCCCAUGGUCAGGCUGCCCAGCUGUCCGGUUCCAGGCCCCCCAGGACUGGGAUGGGUGUUUGUUUGUUUGUUUGUUUGUUUGUUUUUUAAGACAGCGAUGCAUCUGUGAGUUAGAAGAAAGAGAAGAAAUUCUUCGUGAAAAACAAAAAUUUUCUAGUUUGUCAUCUUCAGCAGGGGCAGCCCCUUCCGGGCUCAGAGACCCCAUCGUGUCCAGAGGGGACGGUGGGAGCCGACAGCAUCGCAGGGUCUGUCCUGCCCCCACACAAAUGCACUCCCACCUCUUGAAAGGUGACACAGUGGGGGUGGCUUCCCCCUGCCCACUCUGCCCCCCACUGGCUGGCUCGCUCGCUUGGGAGAGCUGGGAGCUGGCUUGGAGCAGAAGCCUCACCUGGAAGAAUUUCUCCCAGCCCUGGCCUCCCUGGUGGAGAACCUGCUGAUCCAGGAGUUUGAUUUUCCGAGUCCCUUGGGAGCUGCAUAGUUUGCUGUUCCCUGUGUGGAUCCCUCGUCUGCCCUCGUGUCCCCUCACCCGGCUCGCUUUGUGCACCUGGAGGGAGCCUGCUGGCCUGGCUGCUGUCCGCUCCUCCCUGGAGAACCAGGUUGCAUGCUGGGGGCUGUCCCCUAGCUGCUGGCACAGGGGCUCCCGGGACGUGCCAGCAUGCAGCCCAGGGAAGACAGCCCUCAGACGACCCGUCGGAACAAGCCCGUGGGUGUCCCAGAUUAGAAGCAAAACUAUGUCGUCUCCCUCUUGCCCAAGGAGCCUUUGUCCAGAUCCUGGGAAGCGUCCUCACCUGGAUUUCAGACCAGCAUCUGUCUGCAGGUCCCCUGGCUGCAUGCCACAAGUCGCCGGUCCAUCCCUACCCCUUCCCAUCAAGGGGAUGACGGCGGAGCAGACAGAGGUCCGAAGGUGCAUCUCAGACCUUGAUGACUAACAAGGACCACUGUGUCACCCGGAAGCCGGUGUCAGAGCCCGUGCCCGGGCACGGAUGUGAGUUCUGCGGGGAUGACCAGAUCAGCAGGCACUGUCCCGGAGCAGCGCGCCCCGUGUCCAGGGCGCGCUCAGCCACCUGGAGCUUCAGGAGGGAGCGGGGAAGCCCUGCUGGCCCCCUUGGGCUUUCCUGAAUCACGGGACAAAGGCAUUGCUGGGAUGCUGAUACAAGAGAAGUUUGCAAGCCUCCUGGAUAUCAUGACGUUUCUAUUCUUGUGCAGGUCACUAAGACCCCCUUGGAGACCUGUUUUGUGCUGGUUGCAUCCUUUGUCCCUUUUCAGAGAACUGUCACGUGGAUGCUAGUGUGGCCUGCAGACUGUGCCGAUGGGAGGGGUUUGCUUACUUUCCGGGCAGGGGGCAGGAAGGCAAGACUUUAUUUAUAAUGUGUAGCAAAUUCAUGGCCUUUCCCAGCUCCCACCCCCACCCAGAGGAAGGCUCUGGACCCAGCCAGCUGUCACCCACCCCCCCACCCCCAGCACAGGAAUCUAAAUUCCUUCGUGGCGACACCCUGUCUCCCCUCCUGGCUCAUCUCUGAUGGCUGCAGUCCCUGAGAGCUGAGAGCCUGAGCGCUGGCUGGCAGUCUGUGCAAAAGAAAGGCAUUUCCUGAGACUGUCUAGGUGCAACUUCCUGAGAGCCCUCGCUGGCCUCUGUCCAGCCUCGCCCCCUCCCUCCACCACUUGGCUCAGUGCAAUACUCCCCUUCCGGUUGGGGUCCCUUGCCAUGGUACUGUCGCUGCAGCCCCUGGGUCCGCACUGCGGGUCAACGCCCUCCACCACCUUUUCUCUGGCGGCUCAGUUGCAUCGCCUGCCCCGCCCCCAUCUCGUUUUUAUGGUCGAACUGAUUUCAAAACAACGAAACUGCAAACCUCGUGUGUCUUAAUUCUCUCAGGGGGUUCCGUGUGCUCAGCCCCUAUGGUCUGGUGUGUGACAAUCUGGAGCGCGGCCUCAUCGGGCACAGAAUGCCGUCUCGCUCAAACCCAGAGCCGUGGGCACCUCUGUAACUGUGCAGCCGCUGCUGGCCCCAAAUAACAUAUGCAGCCCUGGGCCCCCGCUCCCCAUCCCCGCCACCCUUCCUUCUUUUUACGUUGGAGAGAUCUCUCUAAUAAAUCGGGUAAUAAGCAUCA